UUUGAAUCACACUUGGCGCACUUUAUAAAGGUAGCGUUGCGACAUACAGCUGAUGGUGGGAAAUGGAGUGCUCAACUUUUCCAUUAAGUCCAGAUGUGUCUUGGAGAGCUGUUCUUUCUCCAUUUCCUUCCUCCUUUUUUCUAUGUGAUCUGUUAGACUUCACAGAAAACGUUUAUACUAAGUAUGGGGGUGUCCUCAUUAUAUGUACACCAUCUUUCAACUCUUUACAUCCCCUUGAAACGAAUGAAAUCUUGUCUUUCAUUAAAAGAUCGCCUGUUGGUAUUAUUAUCACACUUGACCUUUAUAAGUGUCAAGGUUUUAACUUUGGUCCGAGACAAAAAGAGCGCAUAAAUACCCUGUUGAAAUACCAUACAGUUUUCACAAUUGGAGAUGCCGAAAUAAAAACAGCUCCUAAGGGUUUUUACCUUAAUAUACGCCUGUCCUUUAAUCUCUCACGGUCUUCUCAUAUUUGAAUGAUAUCGAAGUAAGUUUUCUGUCUAGUUCGCCUGAUAAAGAGACUGCAUAGUUUUGGAAUUACUGGACAUUUAACUUUAUGGCUUGUAAAUUCUUGAAUACUACCUACUAUUCUUGAUUGCUCUUCAGUGUUCUUUCCCAAGCUUUUGAGAAAAGACCGCUGUAUAACAGAAAGUGCCGAGGACUGUUAGCAGGUUGUGUAGUUUGUCCUUUGGGGCCAUUAAUAAUGUACGAUUGUGGAUAGUAAUCUGAAAUCUUGGUAACUCAUGACAGAUGUUAACCUAUCAGAUACUAACACACCCACUUCAUUCCUAUCUUUCUAUCCACAUAUCUUUUGGUAAAACGAGAGGUCAAUGCUUUAGAAUCCAUGCACACAAGCAAGUGUAUAAACAUCCCGUAAUACUUUGUCUACCAAACACGUUAAGUGACAAACAGGUUGUUGAUCUGUCCUGGUCGGCAACUUAUGUUGUUAAAUAUGUUCGUAAUUAAAAAGUUGUACGGAUUUAAAUCACAAGAAAUGCAUAUCGUUCAAGUCGAGGUAUUUUUUAUGCCUAAAUUUAAAUAAAUGUAUUCAGUUAUCUCAUUUUUGAUCUCGUUUGUGAAAGAAAUUUGUUGACAUACUUUGUUUGGAGAAUAAUAUGUUGCGUCAAACAUAUAAUGUUGAAUAAAGCCAUGAAUAAUAUAACGAUAGCAUGGUAUAGAGAGUAACUUAUGUGGAAAAUAUCACGAAUUUGCAGUGUUUGUCAGCUGUAGAGCUCGAAGCAUCUUCUUGCGCAAAUAUCCUAAAUUUUCAGUCUCGAGACUUCAUUUGGAGGUGAAAGGCCACUGGUUCGCAACCUGGCUUAAGCAACCAGAUAGCAUCUCUGUGAGGAUACAGAUACAAGCGUCACACAAGUAGGAAUUAAAAUAUAAAUGAACCUACUCUUUUCCAACAAGUAAAAGUAAAGUUCUUAUUUCAAAAUAGUCAAUAUUAAUAACUUGAGAUCUAUGAUCGAUGUUUGCUUUAAGCGUCCGGAUAGCACAGUUAACUCUGACGGAAUAUCGCUCACAUAGGCGACAAAGUGUUCUAUUUCUUCGUAACAGUGAGCUUGAAGUGUAAAUUAGGUGCGUAUGCAAACCAUAGUCGACGUUUCACCGAUACGUUAUUGUAAUUAAUAUUAUCUGAGACGACUGUGGAACCCACUGAUCUGAAUAAUAUUGUCUUUCAGGUCUGUAGAACAAUGCAAAAUAAGUUCAGAUCUACCCUCAGUUUCAUUCAGAACUAUGGAAAAGCAACAGAAAACAGAUUGUGGCACCAUUAUUUUUGUCGGCGUGAUUUUGCCAGUGUUCUUGGCAUAGAAACGAGCUGUGACGAUACAGGUGCAGCUGUUAUAGAAACAUCAGGUAAAUUACUUGGGGAUUGUCUAUCUUCGCAAUCAAGGAUUAGUGUUAUGUUAGGUGGUGUAUUACCCUCCGUAGCAUCUGAACUUCACAAAGAAAACAUUGAAUCAGUUGUAAAUACUGCUAUGGCCAAAUCUAACAUUGAAUUUCGGGAUUUAAAUUUUGUCGCUGUUACAGUAAAACCAGGUAUGCCAUUAUCUCUAAAGAUUGGAGUUAGUUUCGCUAAAUCUUUAGCAAGUCGAUUGAAGAUUCCUAUCAUACCGAUUGAUCAUAUGGAGGCUCAUGCACUGACAGCUCUGUUUACUGAUCCCCAGUUGAAAUUUCCCUAUAUGAUCCUCUUGAUAAGUGGUGGUCACGGUAUUUUGGGUAUUGUUCAAGGGUUAGAGGACUACGUUUUAUUAGGUACAGCAUUAGACGCCUCCCCAGGCGAUGUUCUUGAUAAGCUUUCUAGGCGUCUGAAACUAAAUCGUUUGUCAGAUGAGUGUUUGAAAGGCGUCGCAGGUGGUAAGGCUAUCGAAAUAAUUGCAAAGACUUAUAAUGGUGAUCAUCAACGCUUCAAUCUACCUUUACCGCGUUCACAAUCUAAGGAUUGUGAUUUCUCAUUUACUGGAAUCCAUGCGGCUGCAGAACAGUUGAUAAAUAAGUUGGAAUUUGAAAAUCGUGGUAGUGGAUGCGCUUUAUCGAUCCAAGAUAUUGCUGAUGUUUGUGCAUCUGUACAGUUCUGUAUGACAAGAUUAAUCUGUCGCCGUGUUCAGCGUGCUAUUGAAUAUUGUUUGUUGAAUACUGAUUCCAGAGCCAGUGUAAUUAGAAAUUAUCCUACAGCUUUGGUUGUUUCUGGUGGGGUUGCUUCUAAUUGUGUUAUUCGUGCCGGUUUAACCGAGGUAGCUAAUCAUUAUAAUUUGAGAUUUGUUGCUCCUCCACCAAGUCUAUGUACUGAUAAUGGAAUUAUGAUAGCAUGGAAUGGAGUUUUACUUCAAAAAGAAAAUUCUUCUCGUAUUAUAGAGGAUAUCUCUUCUGUUGAUUUCUGUCCAAGGUCUACAUUUGGUGUUGACUGUCGAGAAGAUGUGAAACAAGCUAACAUAUCAAUUGAACCAAUUAAACUAUCCAAUGAUAUUUUUCAACUAUGAGCAGUAGUACUCACUCCUGUUUAAACUUUGGAAUAUUUGUGAAUAUGUAUAAAAUUUAGAGUGAUUGCAAACAUUUUAUGACGUGAUUUCUUGAAUAAAAGAAAUAUAUUCUCAAAAGUUUUGUUUUAUAUUUGAACGAAUAAAUCCCACGGUUGUCAGGCACCGAUUCAAAUGAAUGACAAAAACAAUAC